UCAAACAAUAUUAUUAUGAGGCAAAAACUCAAAACAUCACGGUCUGUAUCAUAUAAUCUGUCCCUGAUGUCAGAUUCUCACAUCUACGUUCUGCGUGCGACGAUUAUGCGAGACGCUACAUAAAAAUGUAAAACUUUGAAAAUAAUUUCUUCAAGUUUGAUUCAUAGGACUAAUUGAUUCUUGUGGACAGCGCUUUCCAAUCAUAUUUUGCCUGUAAAAUACACGUAUAAUAUCAAGUGUUUAUUGACUGAGGUCGCCCGUAUUUAUCAUUUGAACCGCAAUUUUGAAAUGGAAGUCGAUAACCCAGAAGAAGGUGCCUCAACAUCGGCCGUAAUAGAUCCCAUGGAAGGUUGUUCUACCAGUACAAACAACGUAUUAACUACUGUGCCACCUCAAACGAAAACUGUUAAAAGUGAUUUAAAUACGCCAUGGAUUGAAAAAUAUCGUCCAAAAUCAUUCACAGACAUUGUUGGAAAUGAAGAAACUGUUUUGCGAUUGGAAAAGUUUUCUUCGUGCGGAAAUGUACCAAACAUAAUUAUUGCGGGUCCUCCUGGUGUUGGUAAAACCACAACAAUAUUGGCUCUAGCUAGAAUACUUCUAGGGGGUGCUUUCAAAGAAGCCGUACUAGAACUAAAUGCAUCCAGUGACCGUGGUAUUGAUACUGUAAGAAAUAAAAUCAAAAUGUUUGCCCAACAAAAAGUCACAUUGCCUCCUGGUAGACACAAAAUAAUUAUUUUGGACGAAGCCGAUAGUAUGACUGACGGAGCUCAGCAAGCACUUAGACGUACUAUGGAAUUAUGGAGCAAUACAACAAGAUUCGCACUUGCCUGUAAUAAUAGUGACAAAAUUAUUGAAGCGAUUCAAUCACGUUGUGCCAUGUUGCGAUAUGGAAAACUUUCUGAUCAAGAGGUCAUGACUCAGAUGCUUAAAGUCUGCAAAUCUGAAGAGGUAUCGUUCAGUGCUGAUGGUUUGGAAGCUGUUGUAUUUACUGCUCAAGGUGACAUGCGACAAGCGUUGAACAACUUACAAUCCACAUGGAAUGGAUUUAGACACGUCGAUAGCACAAACGUAUUUAAAGUUUGUGACGAGCCACAUCCCCUACUUGUUAAAGAAAUGUUAUUGGAAUGUGCUGACCAAAAUAUCUCUAAGGCUUAUAAAAUAAUGGCCCAUUUAUGGAAACUCGGUUAUGCCCCUGAAGACAUCAUUACCAACAUAUUUAGAGUCGCUAAACAUUUGGAAAUCAAAGAAUCUCUGAAAUUAAAAUUUGUACAGGAGAUUGGAAUGGCUCACAUAAGGAUUGUAGAAGGAAUGAACUCAUUACUUCAAUUGUCAGGAUUAUUAGCCAAGUUGUGCACAGUAUCUGCCAAAACAGAUGGUUAAAUAAGUUAAAAUGUAUGAUAACAUAAAUGUCAUUAUUUCACUAUAAUAUAAUAAUAAAGCUGAUGUAACUAAGAAA